ACACGGUGCAAACAGAACACGUUCUACAACAAGACUUUCUCCAGAUGGGUGGACCAUCCAACAGCACGUCACUGAACACACAAACUCAGUGAGCCGAGGAACAGCAGUUUCAUAAACAGGAGUAACUGUGAUCAGUCCCAAUGGCAGAACAGACAAGACCCACAGCCAAAGUCAGAAAGGGUCUGGCCAGGGAGGGCCGGAGGACAGCAAGGCGACGGAGGGAACUCCGUGACCCCCAGAGUUCAGAGGCCGAUCAGCUGGAGCAGGAGGGCAACUGGAGUUCUGGCGAGCGGUUCAUGAUUGAGAAGGUCCAUGAGUUCUUCCAAGAAUGCGGCGGGGCCGAGAGAGGGUUCAUCACCCAGGAUGACAUGCAGAAACUUCAAGAGAAGUUUUCUUUCAGUCCUGAGGAGUUAGAGGUGGUAUUCAACAAACUGGAUGUUGACGGGAAAGGCUGUCUCACUCCCGAGGUGCUGACCAGGGGCCUGAGUCACUUUCUAACUGACCAGAACCAGGGGAGCAAUGAGCCACUGUCACAGGAUGUUUCAGAAUCUCUCUAUCAGUCCCAAAGCCUACAGCAUCGAGUUGAGGUGGAAGAUGAGGAGAAGCAACAUUUUGCUGCACUGAUGGAGAGACUGGGAGCCAACACAAUCUUACAAGAUAAGUUGGAGAUAUGGAAACUGUGGGUCCAACUCCGACGCAAUGAGCCAAACCUGCUCGGCAACCUGGAGGAUUUUCUGUCCAAGGUCACCGUUCAAAUCCAGGAGGCACAGAGUGAGAAGGAGGAUUUAGAACGCACACUGAAAAAGAGGACGGCGGAACACAACACAGAGGUUCAGAGACUCUAUGAAGAGAUGGAGCUCCAAAUUAACAAUGAGAAGGAAAGGAUCGAGAGUGAAAAUAUUGUGAAGCUCCACACUCAGAGCCAGGAUUUGCAAAAGGAGUUAGACAGCAAACAGGAGGAAGUGCAACAUCUGGCACAGGCACGGACACAGGUACAGGCUGAGCUUGUCUCUCUGCGCAGUAAACAGGAUGAGGCCAUCACUGAGAUUGAGAUGCUCAAACUGAACAAUGAGCAACUGGAGAGUCGGUUGGAGCAGAUCCAGCAGGAGCUUCAGGAGGCCCAGGAUCGACUGGUGGCUCAACAGGAGGAAGCAGCUCAUCUCAAGGAGAAAGAAGGAGAGCGGGAUCAACCUCCCAGCAGUGAAGGACUGCGUUCCAGUGAAGCUGAUCCACAGAUAGAGGUCAGGCAGAGAAAGGAUUCUGACACCAGCCAGGGGGAUGUAUGGCCAAAGUGGCUUCAGAGCAAUUGGGAGAGUGCGGGUCACGUGAGCCGCAUCAUCUCGAUUGAAGAAGAACCCCUGCCGCAGCAGGCACUGGAGGAUUCUGGGAUACAAAGUUCAAAGGUUACCAGACAAGAAGUCGAUAUGAGCGCUGUUAAAGAUGGAGAGGCUGUCUUUGAAGAAAAGCAAGGGGCCUUGUGGAGUGAUGGAGCAGCAGGUCCAACAGAACAGGUACAGGCGGAACUUGUCUCUCUGCGCAGUAAACAGGACGAGGGCAUCACUGAGAUCGAGAUGCUUAAACUGACCAAUCAGCAGCUGGAGAGUCAGCUGGAGCAGAUCCAACAGGAGCUUCAGGAGGCCCAGGAUCGACUGGUGGCUCAACAGGAGAAAGCAGCUCACCGAGAGGAGAAAGAAGGAGAAUGGGUUCGGUCACCUGGCAGUGAGGGAUGGUGUUCUAAUGAAGCUGAUCCACAGUUACAGGCAGAGCUUGUCUUUCUGCGCAGUAAACAGGAAGAGGCCAUCACUGAGAACGAGAUGCUCAAACUGACCAAUCAGGAGCUGGAGAGUCAGCUGGAGCAGAUCCAACAGGAGCUUCAGGAGGCCCAGGAUCGACUGGUGGCUCAACAGGAAGAGGCAGCUCACCGCAAGGAGAAAGAAGGAGAGUGGGUUCUGUCUCCUUGGAACGAGGAAUGGCAUUCCGAUGAAGCUAAUCCACAGGCGGAGCUUGUCUCUCUGCGCAGUAAACAGGACGAGGCCAUCACUGAGAUCGAGAUGCUCAAACAGACCAAUCAGCAGCUGGAGAGUCGGCUGGAGCAGAUCCAACAGGAGGCCCAGGAUCGGCUGUUGGCUCAACAGGAGGAAGCAGCUCACCGAGAGGAGAAAGAAGGAGAGCAGGAUCAAUCUCCCGGGAGUGAAAGACGGCGUUCCGAUGAAGCUGAUCCACAGGUACAGGCGGAGCUUGUCUCUCUGCGCAGUAAACAGGACGAGGCCAUCACUGAGAUCAAGACGCUCAAACUGACCAAUCAGGAGCUGGAGAGUCGGCUGGAGCAGAUCCAACUGGAGCUUCAGGAGGCGCAGGAUCGGCUGGUGGCUCAACAGGAGGAAGCAGCUCACCGAGAGGAGAAAGAAGGAGAGCAGGAUCAAUCUCCCGGCAGUGACAGAUGGCGUUCCAUUGAAGCUGACCCACAGGUACAGGCGGAGCUUGUCUCUCUGCGCAGUAAACAGGACGAGGCCAUCACUGAGAUCGAGACGCUCAAACUGACCAAUCAGGAGCUGGAGAGUCGGCUGGAGCAGAUCCAACAGGAGCUUCAGGAGUCCCAGGAUAGGCUGGUGGCUCAACAGGAGGAAGCAGCUCACCGAGAGGAGAAAGGAGGAGAUCAGGAUCAAUCUCCCGGCAGUGACAGAUGGCGUUCCAUUGAAGCUGAUCCACAGGUACAGGCGGAGCUUGUCUCUCUGCGCAGUAAACUGGAUGAGGCCAUCACUGAGAGCGAGACGCUCAAACUGACCAAUCAGGAGCUGGAGAGUCGGCUGGAGCAGAUCCAACAGGAGCUUCAGGAGUCCCAGGAUCGGCUGGUGGCUCAACAGGAGGAAGCAGCUCACCGAGAGGAGAAAGAAGGAGAUCAGGAUCAAUCUCCCGGCAGUGACAGAUGGCGUUCCGUUGAAGCUGAUCCACAGGUACAUGCGGAGCUUGUCUCUCUGCGCCGUAAACAGGACGAGGCCAUCACUGAGAUCGAGACACUCAAACUGACCAAUCAGGAGCUGGGGAGUCGGCUGGAGCAGAUCCAACAGGAGCUUCAGGAGGCCCGGGAUCAGCUGGUGGCUCAACAGGAGGAAGCAGCUCACCGAGAGGAGAAAGAAGGAGAGCAGGAUCAAUCUCCCGGCAGUGACAGAUGGCGUUCCGUUGAAGCUGAUCCACAGGUACAGGCGGAGCUUGUCUCUCUGCGCAGUAAACAGGACGAGGCCAUCACUGAGAUCGAGACACUCAAACUGACCAAUCAGGAGCUGGAGAGUCGGCUGGAGCAGAUCCAACAGGAGCUUCAGGAGGCCCAGGAUCGGCUGGUGGCUCAACAGGAGGAAGCAGCUCACCGAGAAGAGAAAGAAGGAGAGCAGGAUCAAUCUCCCGGCAGUGACAGAUGGCGUUCCGUUGAAGCUGAUCCGCAGGUACAGGCGGAGCUUGUCUCUCUGCGCAGUAAACAGGACGAGGCCAUCACUGAGAUCGAGAAGCUCAAACUGACCAAUCAGGAGCUGGAGAGUCGGCUGGAGCAGAUCCAAAAGGAGCUUCAGGAGGCCCAGGAUCGGCUGGUGGCUCAACAGGUGGAAGCAGCUCACCGAGAGGAGAAUGAAGGAGAGCAGGAUCAAUCUCCCAGCAGUGACAGAUGGCGUUCCAUUGAAGCUGAUCCACAGGUACAGGUGGAUCUUGUCUCUCUGUGCAGUAAACAGGACGAGGCCAUCACUGAGAUCGAGACGCUCAAACUGACCAAUCAGGAGCUGGAGCGUCGGCUGGAGCAGAUCCAAAAGGAGCUUCAGGAGGCCCAGGAUCGGCUGGUGGCUCAACAGGAGGAAGCAGCUCACCGAGAGGAGAAAGAAGGAGAGCAGGAUCAAUCUCCCGGCAUUGACAGUUGGCGUUCCAUUGAAGCUGAUCCACAGGUACAGGCGGAGCUUGUCUCUCUGCGCAGUAAACAGGACGAGGCCAUCACUGAGAUCGAGACAAUCAAACUGACCAAUCAGGAGCUGGAGAGUCGGCUGGAGCAGAUCCAACAGGAGCUUCAGGAGGCCCAGGAUCGGCUGGUGGCUCAACAGGAGGAAGCAGCUCACCGAGAGGAGAAAGAAGGAGAGCAGGAUCAAUCUCCCGGCAUUGACAGUUGGCGUUCCGUUGAAGCUGAUCCACAGGUACAGGCGGAGCUUGUCUCUCUGCGCAGUAAACAGGACGAGGCCAUCACUGAGAUCGAGACACUCAAACUGACCAAUCAGGAGCUGGAGAGUCGGCUGGAGCAGAUCCAACAGGAGCUUCAGGAGGCCCAGGAUCGGCUGGUGGCUCAACAGGAGGAAGCAGCUCACCGAGAGGAGAAAGAAGGAGAGCAGGAUCAAUCUCCCGGCAGUGACAGAUGGCGUUCCGUUGAAGCUGAUCCACAGGUACAGGCGGAGCUUGUCUCUCUGCGCAGUAAACAGGACGAGGCCAUCACUGAGAUCGAGACACUCAAACUGACCAAUCAGGAGCUGGAGAGUCGGCUGGAGCAGAUCCAACAGGAGCUUCAGGAGGCCCAGGAUCGGCUGGUGGCUCAACAGGAGGAAGCAGCUCACCGAGAGGAGAAAGAAGGAGAGCAGGAUCAAUCUCCCGGCAGUGACAGAUGGCGUUCCGUUGAAGCUGAUCCACAGUCUCAGGUACAGGCGGAGCUUGUCUCUCUGCGCAGUAAACAGGACGAGGCCAUCACUGAGAUCGAGACACUCAAACUGACCAAUCAGGAGCUGGAGAGUCGGCUGGAGCAGAUCCAACAGGAGCUUCAGGAGGCCCAGGAUCGGCUGGUGGCUCAACAGGAGGAAGCAGCUCACCGAGAGGAGAAAGAAGGAGAGCAGGAUCAAUCUCCCGGCAGUGACAGAUGGCGUUCCGUUGAAGCUGAUCCACAGUCUCAGGUACAGGCGGAGCUUGUCUCUCUGCGCAGUAAACAGGACGAGGCCAUCACUGAGAUCGAGACACUCAAACUGACCAAUCAGGAGCUGGAGAGUCGGCUGGAGCAGAUCCAACAGGAGCUUCAGGAGUCCCAGCAUCGGCUGGUGGCAUCUCACCGAGAGGAGAAAGAAGUAGAGCAGGAUCAAUCUCCCGGCAGUGACAGAUGGCGUUCCGUUGAAGCUCAUCCACAGGUACAGGCGGAGCUUGUCUCUCUGCGCAGUAAACAGGACGAGGCCAUCACUGAGAUCGAGGUGCUCAAACUGACCAAUCAGGAGCUGGAGCGUCGGCUGGAGCAGAUCCAACACAAGCUUCCGGAGGCACAGUGUCGGCUGGUGACUCAACAGGAGGAAGCAGGUCACCGAGAGGAGAAAGAAGGACUUCAGAGAACUCGCUCUAUCCAACGCCGUGUGACACAGAAGACCUCAGGCAAAGCAGCCCCCCUGGGAGAGGAUCCUGGGCUCUCUCACCUGAGGGUUGAAUGUCAAGAUGUGACCAUGUCGACCGGCGAUGAUGGAGAUGGAGUCCAUGAGGAAACAGAAACAACUUCAGCAAGAGAUGGAGCAGCAGAGACAAUCAAAGAGGUACAGGCGGAGCUUGUCUCUCUGCGCAGUAAACAGGACGAGGCCAUCACUGAGAACGAGAUGCUCAAACUGACCAGUCAGCAGCUGGAGAGUCGGCUGGAGCAGAUCCAACAGGAGCUUCAGGAGGCCCAAGAUCGGCUGGUGGCUCAACAGGAGGAAUUAGCUCAACGAGAGGAGAAAGAAGGAGAUCAGGAUCAAUCUCCCCGCAGUGAGGGACCGUGUUCCGAUGAAGCUGAUCCACAGGUACAGGCGGAGCUUGUCUCUCUGCGCAGUAAACAGGACGAGGCCAUCACUGAGAUCGAGACGCUCAAACUGACCAAUCAGGAGCUGGAGAGUCGGCUGGAGCAGAUCCAACAGGAACUUCAGGAGGCCCAGGAUCGGCUGGUGGCUCAACAGGAGGAAGCAGCUCACCGAGAGGAGAAAGAAGGACUUCAGAGAACUCGCUCUAUCCGACGCCGUGUGACACACAAGACCUCAGGCAAAGCAGCCCCCCUGGGAGAGGAUCCUGGGCUCUCUCACCUGAGGGUUGAAAGUCAGGAUGUAACCAUGUCGUCGGGCGAUGAUGGAGAUGGAGUCUGUGAGGAAACAGAAACAACUUCAGCAAGAGACGGAGCAGCAGAGACAAUCAAAGAGGUACAGGCGGAGCUUAUCUCUCUGCGCAGUAAACAGGACGAGGCCAUCACUGAGAACGAGAUGCUCAAACUGACCAAUCAGCAGCUGGAGAGUCGGCUGGAGCAGAUCCAACAGGAGCUUCAGGAGGCCCAAGAUCGGCUGGUGGCUCAACAGGAGGAAGCAGCUCACCGAGAGGAGAAAGAAGGAGAGCAGGAUCAAUCUCCCGGCAGUGACAGAUGGCGUUCCGUUGAAGCUGAUCCACAGGUACAGGCGGAGCUUGUCUCUCUGCGCAGUAAACAGGACGAGGCCAUCACUGAGAUCAAGACGCUCAAACUGACCAAUCAGGAGCUGGAAAGUCAGCUGGAGCAGAUCCAACAGGAGCUUCAGGAGGCCCAGGAUCGGCUGGUGGCUCAACAGGAGGAAGCAGCUCACCGAGAGGAGAAAGAAGGACUUCAGAGAACUCACUCUGUCCGACGCCAUGUGACACACAAGACCUCGGGCAAAGCAGCCCCCCUGGGAGAGGAUCCUGGGCUCUCUCACCCAAGGAUUGAAGGUCAGGAUGUAACCAUGUCGACGGGCGAUGAUGGAGAUGGAGUCCAUGAGGAAACAGAAACAACUUCAGCAAGAGACGGAGCAGCAGAGACAAUCAAAGAGGUACAGGCGGAGCUUGUCUCUCUGCGCAGUAAACAGGACGAGGCCAUCACUGAGAACGAGAUGCUCAAACUGACCAAUCAGCAGCUGGAGAGUCGGCUGGAGCAGAUCCAACAGGAGCUUCAGGAGGCCCAAGAUCGGCUGGUGGCUCAACAGGAGGAAGCAGCUCACCGAGAGGAGAAAGAAGGAAUUCAGAGAACCCAUUCCAUCCAACGCCAUGUUACUCGCAACACCUCGAGCAAAGCAGCCCCACUUGGACAGGAUCCUGGGCUUCACCUGAGGGUCGAAGGGCAGGAUGUGACCAUGGCAACAGGCGAUGAUGGAGAGGCCUGUGAGGAAGAACACACCAAGGAUCCAGACCAUCUCUACAACAUCAUGUUUGUUGGGAGCGCCAAUGCUGGGAAAACAUCUUUCAUCCAGCGUUUCUAUGACAAUAAUUUUGAUCUUGCGUUAGCAGCCACAGUAGGGAUAGACUAUCGAGUGAAGACCCUGACAGUGGACGAUAGACACAUUGCUCUCCAGCUCUGGGACACUGCUGGACAGGAACGAUUCCACAGUGUGACCAGACAGUUCUUCAGGAAGGCUGAUGGGGUGAUCGUGAUGUACGACAUUACAUCCUCAAGCUCUUUCGCUGACGUGCACUACUGGCUGGCCUGCGUCAAGGACACAGUGGCUGAUGAUGUUGUCAUUCUUCUUCUGGGUAACAAGAUGGAUGAUGAUACUCACCGUCAGGUCCCCACACCUGAAGGAGAACGGCUUGCCCAGGAGUACAACAUCUUGUUCUAUGAAUGCAGCGCCUGUACUGGUCACAACAUUAGCGCUCCCAUGGUGCAUCUGGGAAAGUUGCUAAAACACCAGGAGGAGAAGAUUAAAGAGAUAGUGGUGAAGGUGGUCGAACGGCCUGCAAAGAAGGGGAAAUGCUGCACAUAGCCCCUUCACACUGUCCCUUCACACUAUUCUACCCUGUCACACUGUACCAUCACACCGUCCCAUCACUGUAUAAUGUUCCAUGACUGUAUACUCUCCCUUUGCACUGUCACAUCAGUGAAUACUGUUCCACCAUUCACACUGUCCCGUCACUGCAUAUUGUCCAUAUCACCCUGUCCUAUCACUGCAUAUCAUCUCACCAUACUGUCCCAUCAUACUCUCCUGUCACACUCUCCCGCCACAUUGUGAUUACCUGCCAGAACUGAUAUGCAGCCUAUUCAGACUCUAGAGAGAUUCUGCAAACAAGCUGCAGAGUUAUUUACAAUGCAGCACUGCAGAGAAUACAGUGACAGUAAAUAUGGUGUAAAUAAUAACCCUACCAUAUGUAUUCAGCUUGUCAGCAGCUUUUACAUGGUACCAGACUUGGAUAAGUUGGUACAUCAAAUAAAAAACCAUUGUAUGGAGACUUAUUAAGGGAUAGUAUUGGCAGCUAUUCGCUAGGAAAUGUCCAGCAACUACAACCCCUUUACAAAAAGCCUCAACAUCAGGAUGGUUUAAAAAGAAAUCUAACCAUAUUGAUGGUGUGUGACACUUGCACAUCAUUGUACUUUACUCCAGGUUGGCUGGUUUCUUGUUUAACCAGUGGCGCACAAACUUGAGCUGGUGAAAGGUUCAGAGGCACAAACAGCUGCCGUCAGUCCCCUCACUGGCUUUUUUUAUAAGGGUACUGUAUCCAAAAUAUUCCAACCUUGGAGCAUCCACAUGCACAAUGAACAUAUGCCGUCACCAUCUUUAUAGGGGGCAAUGUGCAGUCGCCAUCUUUAUAGGGGCAAUGUACAGUCACCAUCUUUAUAGGGGGCAAUGUGCAGUCGCCAUCUUUACGGGGGCAAUGUGCAGUCGCCAUUUUUACAGGGGGCAAUGUGCAUUCACCAUCUUUAUAAGGGGCAAUGUGCAGUCGCCAUCUUUACGGGGGCAAUGUGCAGUCACCAUCUUUAUAGGGGGUAAAUGUGCAGCAGGGAGCAUGUAGUCACAACAAAAACAAAAAAUGCUGGAAAAACUCAGCAGG